AUGCUGCAAGAAACCAACGAACUUGACUUUGACACUUAUAUUGAUACCAUGCAGCGUCCAGUACCCCACAACCACCAACACCAACAGCAACAGCAACAGCAACAGCAACAACUUCAUAAUCAUCAUAAUCAAUUAUUAUUGCAACAACAACAACAACAACAGUCUCGUUCUACACAAUCCAUGUCUCAACCUCAACACAACUCAUUUGGUGCAGCCUCACUUGGUCUAAGAAUGAACCAAGAACUUGCCCGGCCUUCGCUUGGUUAUCCUCAAGAAAGCGUUCCUGAAUACAUCCUUUCGACUGGUAACGAGUACGAAGUCUAUGCCUGGCUCUUCAAGAACCACGAAGCAAAUCGUCAGCAACAGCAGCAGCAACAACUAGCUCAUUCAUCUCCUCCUCACCAAGAGGCUAUAAUCUCAUCUGGUCUCAGCUCACCCCUAUCUUCACCAUCUUCUCCACAUUUUCCCUCCAUAACCAUCCCAGCAUCCCACUCACGGAUGCCCUCCGACCAAAAGUCCGCCUUUGCCUCCAUCAUGGUACAGCAGCAGCAACGACAGCAACAGCAGCAACAGCAACAAAAUAUCAUGAUGGGCCACGACAAACGAACAGAUCAAAACAACAACAAUAACAACAAUUACUCUACACUCGGUCCUCAUAGUAUCUCCUCCCAGAACACAUCUUCAUAUGGUCCUGAGUCUGCAGAUAUGGGAGUCUCGGUGUCUCCAAUUCCAGACUACCCCUAUACUGAUGAACGCCCGCUGAUUUCUGCAUUUGCUGCUAUAGAUCAAUGGAGCCAAAAUGCCUGUGCGGAAUCAGACUCUCACGAUGAACACGAUCACUGGAGCCCUAUCAGAACACCCCCUCACCACUCCCCUACCUUACCAUCCCUGGAGUCAUUCCACCGUCAAUUUAACGGCGUUAUUGAGCCCGAACAAAAGCUAAAGAAAGUGGCACACAAUGCGAUCGAGCGUCGGUAUCGAAACAAUAUCAAUGACCGCAUCCAGGACCUCAAGAAUGUCGUGCCUGCUCUUUACAAGGCCCACAUCCGCGAGCCUGGACCAGGCAAGCGCAGCGACGACGAAGAUAUGGAAGAUGAAGAAGGCACGGGCGAGAUCAUUGACGGUGUCGAGGUUGCCCACAAACUCAACAAGGCAACCAUCUUACACAAGGCAACCGAAUACAUCUCGUUCCUUAAACACAGCAACGACACAAUUGACCAGGAGAACCUGAUUCUACAGCAGCUUCUUUCUCAGCUACCGGGCGGAAACACGGUUCUAAACAGAUUCCAGACCCAGAAACAAAAGUGCAAACAGUCCAAAGAAGAACGUCUUAUGCGUGAACGCAAAGAUGCCCAGGAAAGAGAACGUGCCGAGAGACAGCAGAAGCUCAAAGAACGUGCCGCUCAACGUGCUGCUGUUGCAGAAUUGAUUCCAAAAAAAGAACGCAAGCCAUAUCGUCGUCAGAUAAAACGACAGAGACAGCAGUCUGAUGCAGACUAUAGCCAUACCAACAACAAUAAUAGUAACCAUAACGAUCAUGAACAUGAGCAUGAGCAUGAGCAUGAGCAUGAACACGAACACGAUCAUGAGCACGAGCAUGAUAAUAAUAACGAUAACGAUAAUCAGAGUGGCAGUGGAAAUGGCGAUAAUAUCAAUAUCAGUAUCAAUAGUAAUGGAAUUGGUCAAUCAGAUAAUAGAGUGUUUAUGGCCAUGUUUGUCUGCCUUGCAUUCUUUGCUGCUGCUCCCACAAAGCCUUCAUCUACUUUUACAUCCCCUCGUCACCGUGACAACUACCCACGAUCACAAAUAUUCUCAGCUUAUUAUGGUCAGGCUACCUCUACUCCUCAAAUUAAUUUGAUUUCCUCGCCUGGUAUUGACCUGUGGUCGACCAUUCGUAUUUCUUUAUUCUGUAUGCUUGUCAUUUAUUACCUCGUAUUACCAUUCCUUGGUCGCCUAUUCCGCAUCAGACGUGUGAACCAUCGCCAGAGACGCUUGGCUCGCACCAAGACCAAGAAAGUCAAGGAAGGCAGUGAAACCGAACAAGACCCUAAAACUGUAGGCUAUCAACCCUUAAAGUGGCUUCAGUCAUAA